CGAUCAUCCUCGGUACAUGAUACAUACAACAUGUGGCCCUUCAAGAAAUCCGACGAGACGCCUCCGAAAGGUCCUAAUGCCAUUGCUGCCUGUCUGCACUUGUUCGCCACGUUCUUUUGCUGGUUUGCGCUGUGCCGCUCUAGCGCUUAGCCUGGGCCAAGUACGGUACCUAGGUACUUGCAAGAGGCGGGGUUGUGUUGCCUGGUUGCUUUGAGGAGUUCUUGAGAUAUAUAAAUAUCCGGGAAGUGAGAACUCGUGGGACAUUGACUAGAGAAGGAGUGUCACGACUCAGUUUGUCAAGAUGGCAGGAAAUAGCCCUCUGGAGAAACUCUCAAAUGAGAUUUUCGACAACAUCUUUCAGCAUAUUACUAAGGCCUCGGAUCUUACUUCCCUUUGUCUCGUUUCUCAAACAAUAUACCAUCGAUCUGUACCAAAGCUCUAUCAUUCUUGGUCGUAUCAUGGAUUUACGCAUUCGAACAAAUCGUUGAAAUUUUUCUUGGAGACUGUUAUUAGGAGGCCGGAUUUGGCCGGGCAUGUUAAGGUUCUGGAUUUGAGGGAAUGGGGUGAUUGUCCGAAAUUGGAGGAUUAUGUUGAGGGCGGUAAGUACGGAGGGUCAACCUAUCUAAGUGACAACGAUGAAGACGAAACGGACGAGGAGGAAGGAGGAGGUGCAGAAACUGGAGAAAGCGACUCGAAGGUUGACGAGAACUCCAACUCAGAUGACUUCUCAGUUGGUCCACUGGGCUCCGAGACCAUCGGCCACAGUCUUGAAAAGGAGAUUCUCAAAAUAGAGGCUGAGGGCUUAGGAGUUCCUAACCGUAACAUGCUGGCAGAUUACCGCACUGCGGUGACUGAAAAUAAGGAGGAAAUACUUGUUCCUCUAUUAUUGACUUACCUUUCCAAUCUUCAAACACUGUAUAUGGUCGCACCAGAAGGGUUCACGAUUGGAGAUGGGAUCUUACAAAAGCUCGAAACUCUGUAUAUCUGUAGCGCACUCCAUCUUGGCAUCAAGGUACACCGAGAAUAUCAUCUGGAGUACGAAACGCUCCUCCCAUUCCUUGCGCUUCCGAAUCUACGCUCAGUGUAUACCCUCACACCCUACACAUACACCUACACCCAAUUUGAUUCCUACUUUUAUCCUCUAAAUGCAAAACCAGGAACUUCAAACAUCACCUUCCUCGCUUGGGACGAGUCUCAAAUAGCGCUGGACGAUGCCUUGAAAGCCAUCCUCAUCCCGAAAUCACUUGAAGGUCUGCGCUGGACCGAAGACAUUUCCGGCUGCUGGAAUCCAUUUUUCUGCCAUGGACCAUUUCACCACCUGAUUGGCAAAGCGCUGUCAGCGCACAAGGAUAGUCUAAAGAUGCUGGAUUUGGACAUUAGGCACAGGUAUUGCAACGGAGAAGGCCAUCCAGGAAAUCCUAAUACAACACAUGAGGCGUUACUAAGACUUCAUCCCAAUGCCAAAGAAAGACGGACGCCGAAGGAUGGAAUUUUGAUUGGGUCAUUGAAGGAGUUCUCGAAAUUGACGGCCUUGUCGAUAGAUGCCACUGCACUCUGUGGACAUCCGAAAUGGGCUCCUGCUCCGGUGCGGAUGAUCGAGGCUCUGCCGCCGAAUCUAGAGACUCUCAAUUUGAGAGUUAAUAUUCAGAUCCAGAAACUCGCACAAGGCGAGUCAUUGUAUGAAUUCGAGAAUGUCAUGUGGAAAGGACAUGUGUUCGAUUUCAUUGAUAGGGUGAAGGAUGAACUUCCUUCGUUUCGAAAGCUGGAGAUCUGGAUCAUUGGUAUAUAUCUUGAAAAGGAGAAAGCUACAGACUUGAUUGUGGCAUUGACUGAGGAUAUCAGUACAAAGUGUAAGCAGGCUGGGAUCCGGUUUGGUGCCUUUACCGCUUCUUGGGGGACGCAGGUGCCAUAUUUUCAGGAGCGGAAUAGCAUGCGGAAUCCUGGGCGGGAUUUUUAGAGAGGCUGUAUCGAUUUGAGUAGUUCGAAGG